AUGCGCACCUCACGAACAUCACAAGAAACGACUGAAAUACUACAAGCGCUGUCACCCCGUCGCACGCGCGGUUCCGCGAAUCUGAACCUCCAGCGCUUCGCGUACGACAAUCCGCGCGAAAUCAAAGAUGAGGACGUCUCGUCGCUUUCGUCGGUGAAUACCGUUGACAUCGAGGAUAUUCUCGAGCCGCCCACGAAACGGCGAAAAGCCGCCCCUGCACCCGCACCGGCGCCAGCACGCGCUCAAAAAACAAACGAAGCGCCACCACCAACCAAACGAACCCGCCGAACCCCAGCGCGAAAAAUCAAGACCGAUGGAGCCACAACAGUCCAACCGCCCUCCGACUGGGAGACGAUCUAUAAUACCGUCAAGAAAAUGCGGGCGAUGAAUCCAACCGCGCCGGUGGAUACGAUGGGAUGCGCGGAGUUGUAUUGGCGGGCGUCGUCGGUGAAGGAGCAGCGGUUUCAUAUUUUGAUUGCGUUGAUGUUGUCAUCGCAGACGAAGGAUACUGUUACUGCUGUUGCGAUGGGGAGGUUGCAUACUGAGUUGGGGGUUGAUGCGAUAAAGACGGAGGACGACGUUAAGAAAGAGGAAGACAUCGAGGACGGAAUAAAGACAGAGGACAUCAAGAAAGAGGACGGUGAAGAAAAGCAGGCCAGCACCCUAACUCUGAAAAACAUUCUAGCCGUCAGCCCACAACGCCUUAACGAACUCAUCCGCACCGUCGGCUUCCACAACAACAAAACCAAAUACAUCAAAGCCACAGCCCAAAUCCUCCACGACAAAUUCAACUCCGACAUCCCUUCCACCGCCCCGGAACUAAUGUCCCUCCCCGGCGUAGGCCCCAAAAUGGCCUAUCUCUGCAUGAGCGCCGCCUGGGGAAAACAUGACGGUAUAGGCGUUGACGUGCAUGUCCAUCGUAUAACGAAUCUCUGGGGAUGGCAUAAGACCAAGAACCCUGAAGAAACGAGGGCUGCGCUGGAAUCAUGGCUGCCACGAGAUAAGUGGCAUGAGAUUAACAAGUUGUUGGUUGGACUGGGGCAGACGGUUUGUUUGCCUGUUGGGCGUAGAUGUGGAGAGUGUGAUUUGGCUGGGACGAAGCUUUGUAAGAGUGAAGUUAGAGGUAAAUAGCUGGCAUUUAGCAUUGAUGGUGAUAGUGGUGACCGUAAGUGUAUACAGAGCCUUAAAGGGUAGUGAAUAUCACGGGACCUUUGAGUGGGUUGAGCUUCCACUCACUCAACCUUUUAUGGCCUCAUGGCCUCCAUUGGCAUCUAUGUUCUAAC